UGUAUUGACAUAAGUAUUUUGUUCUUUAUUUAGUUCAAUAAAAAUUUCAAUCAGAUACAUGUAAGACAUAUCAGAUUUAUAUUAAUUUAAAAUAUUUAUUUGAAGUUUUAAAUGAUUUUCAAGAUUAGGGUUUAAACUGCGACAAAAAAGUAGUUGACGGAUGAUAUCAGAAAAAAUAAAUCAGAAUCAUUUGUUGCCAAAUAACAGUUUCAAACGAUGGAUGUGAUAGAAGCUAGUGUACCAGUAGCAUGUUUUCCACGAUAUCAGUACACGUUGAAGAUAAGAAAAGAUUUGGCCAAGCGGUAUAACUGUCUAAAUAAGAACAAAAUAAUAGAUGAUUGUAAACCACUGAUAGAAGAUGUUAAUGAUGACAAUAUUCGCAUAUUUAUGUGCAAAUCAGAAGAAUCCACCGACCAAUUCAUAGAUAUUAAAUCAAUUAUUCCGAGAAAUCGGAACACCGUUAAUGAAAACAGAUAUAAACUCGAAUCCUUGGAAAGAGAAUCUAAAUUGUACAAAAAUGCAUACUGCAUUUUCUUCAAAGAUAUAUUGACAAAAUUAAAAAAGUUUCCCGAGCGUACUAUUCUGAUAGGAAAGGAUAACAAGUCAACGGUCGUUCUGUCAAACAUGUUAAGAAGCCAAAAUCAUACUGUGGUUUGUCUUGUGGAAGAAGUUGGCGCUGCUUUAUCGACUCAUUUAGAGAGAAAUGCUCUUGCAGGAAUGAGAGUUGCAUGUGACAAACUUUAUGUCAUCCUUACUGGAAAUACUACUAAAGAUAUAAGCUACAUAGUUAAAUUAAGAGAGUCAUCUGUGAAAUCUGAACACGUCGAGUCAACAGAACAACGGUCAAAAUCAGCAGGAUCGGGUGUCAAAGAUUCACCGAGACAGGCUUACCAACACCUGUCGGUAACGACUGAACAAAUACCAUGUGUAAAAGGGAAACAAGGAAAGAUCAAAAGUCCAAAAAGCGGAACUCCAGUCGAACUAUCAGAUACAGACUCAGAGUUGAUUGAACGCCUUUAUUACGAAUUUGUUGGAUUAUUUAACAGAAGCAUUCUUCCAGAAAAUGAAAAACCGAGUCAUUCUGAAUGCUUGUACAAGAUUGAUAAAACGAUAUUGCAAGAGUUACAGGAGCUGAGUAACUCGAUAACAAGUUGUGGAUAUCGUUACAGUACUCUUCAAGUAAAUGUCAAUGUCAAAACGAUAUCCGAUGAUCUAAAACAAAGUAUCGGACAUGUAAUGGAAAAACAUAAUAUAACAAAAUACUCUGUAGUACCCUCUGUUAUAAAGGAGUUUUCAACGUGUACUGUAGGUCAAGGUGUAAGAGUCGAAUAUGUCAAAAAUGAAUUUUAUACUGGUACACUCGGCGGAUUUGCUUAUACAUCUUCAGGAGAAUCAAAGCGUGAUUGGGCCAUCUUAUCUAGACAUUUUGCUAAAUGCAGUUUUGACAGAAAACUGUACAUAGCAAAGCAAGAAAAUGUGUAUAUCGGCGAGAUUAUGAAAGAAGUUAAGGACGAUGAGACAAAUAAAGAAUACCUGGAUGUCGCUGCUGCAUCACUGGAUGAUAACAUAUCAUUCGAUAAAACAUACGUUAAUGAAAAGAAUGAAUCUGUCCAAGGAAAACUUUUCUCUUAUGAUGCUAAGAAGCUUAUGUGUUUACCAGUUCACAUUAAAGGAGCUAAAACCGAACUAGGCCUUGGAACAAUUUCUGUUCCGGAGCAAAUCGCAGUUCAAAACGACAAUUUGGAUGAAAACUACAUUAUUGUAGAAGAUAGAGAGGAAGGCAAUGCUUUCUGUCAGAAAGGCGACAGUGGAGCCAUAGUGUGUGCUGAGAAUCCGGACAAAUAUGGAGAAGAAGUCCAUUUGAUUGCAAUCGUUAUGGGAGAGAAUAUGAGUAAAAAGGGUUCAUAUACUACGGUCAGACUUGACAAGGGUUUAGAGCAGCUGAAAUCCGUAACAAACAAAGAUUUCAACAUGUAUUGAAUUAACGUAUCAUUUCAAUAGUAAAAAUAAUAAUGCCUGUGAGAUGUCAAUAUGUCAGAUGUUUAAGCAAGAUAAGCUACAAAUGUUCCUUAAAUUUCAUCAGCUACGUAAUUAACAAUGUUCAACAAUUCUUUAUGUGAUUCUAAGAAACAGUUUCAGAAUUUCCUUUUGUAUAUGAAUAUUUACUGUUAUAUAUUUGUUUUUGAAGUAUAAUAGUAAAGUUAAGCGUAUACAUUUUUGUAUUUGUAUUGAAACGAUAGAAAAUGAGUGUGAAGUUACGUAAUUUCGAUUACAAUUUACCAUGCUGCAAAUAUAUAUUCAUGAUCUCUUUCAUCGUUUUUUCAAACUUCAUAAACUAGCAUUUCCUUCAGAACUAGUUUUUUUUUCAAAUUUCUAUGGCUUAAAUAGGUAAACAAUAUUUCAUCGGAGACGUUU